AUGGCUUCCACAGGGUCCAUUAAACUCUAUACCAACCGAAACUGUCCAUGGGCACACCGUGUCCAUAUUGCGCUGGCGGAAUUGGCUCUUCCAUUCGAGGAGGAGGUUAUCGACUACAGUAAACCGAGAACGCCCGAGUAUCUCGAGAUCAAUCCGAGUGGAAAGGUGCCCUCAAUGAUAUACAACGGCCAUGUCAUUCUUGAGUCGGCUAUCAUGGCACAGUUUCUGGCUGACUCAGUGGCAUCCACCCACUUGACUCCAAGGACUGGAGAUGCCCAAGGGGCCAUUGUGCGUGAAAGGAUCAGUUUCUUCGUCGAAACUUAUUUUUCACAAGCCAAUGUAUACUACUACCGGGCAAUCGAAGCCAAAACUGAUCAAGACGCUAAGGACCUGGGCAAGCGUUAUUUUGAUGCCGUCGUCAAAGAUGUCGAGCCUCUCUUGCGGACCGCAAACCCGUUCUUUGAUGGCAGCGACAAGCUGACUAUGGCCGAGGUCCUAACAGCCUCUUUUAUCGUGCGGAUUUUCACGUUACCUUUCACCGAAGACGCACCACUGCCAAAAUCCAUGAUAGCCGGUCUAGCAGAGAAUGCGCCAAAAUUCCACGCGUGGGCACAGGCAAUCAUGAAUCAUCCGUCUGUAAAUAGCAUCUACAACAGAGAUGCCUGUGCGGGCGAGAUGCGUGAUCGGCGAGCGAAGGCUCGUGCUUCGGUGCUCAAAUAA